CUAAUCUGCAAAAACACGAGCGCACCUAACUGUCUUCGUCCCCUUCCUCACGCCCGCACACCUCCCUCGCCAUUGCCAACCGCCGACGAGAUCCGGCGCUGCGAAUCCCUCAGAUCCGUCGCAAGGUCACGAACUCGGAACCCUAACUCUAGUUUGAUGCGAUCCCGUUAGGUCGCGCUCCUCCCUGCUCCUGCUCCUUUCGCCGAGGCGCGCGCCAUGGCGGGGAGCGACCUCGAGCCGCUGCGCUCCGGCGCUGCCGCGCUGCCGUCCUCUUCGGACCCGGACUCACCCUCGACACCGCGCCGGAGCCGCAUGCGCGAGCUCCUGCGGAACCUGGACCGCCGGCUCUCGAACCGAAGCCGCGGCGGCCACGUGGAGGGUGGCGCAGCGGCAGCCGGAACCAUCGGGGAGGCGGGGGUCGCGAGGAGGGAGGAGGACAGCGACGAGCUCGGGGACGGCGCCCCUCCCGAGUGGGCGCUGCUGCUCGUCGGGUGCCUCCUCGGGCUUGCCACUGGCAUCUGCGUCGCGGCGUUCAAUCGCGGGGUACAUGUCAUACAUGAAUGGGCAUGGGCAGGCACACCCACAGAGGGUGCUGCUUGGCUUCGUUUGCAGAGGCUGGCUGAUACUUGGCAUAGGAUAUUGUUAAUUCCAGUGACUGGUGGAGUUGUUGUUGGUAUGAUGCAUGGAUUAUUGGAGAUAUUUGAGCAGAUAAAGCAAUCACUAUCAUCUCAAAGGGAAGGUGUUGAUUUCAUGGCUGCCAUCUUUCCCACAAUCAAGGCCAUCCAAGCUGCAAUUACUUUAGGGACGGGAUGUUCAUUGGGGCCGGAAGGGCCCAGCGUUGAUAUUGGUAAAUCUUGUGCAAAUGGGUGUGCUGAAAUGAUGGAGAACAACAGGGAACGGAGGAUUGCUCUUGUUGCAGCUGGAUCAGCAGCUGGAAUCGCUUCAGGUUUUAAUGCUGCAGUUGCUGGAUGCUUUUUUGCUAUUGAAACAGUAUUGAGGCCACUUCGAGCAGAGAACUCGCCACCAUUUACUACUGCUAUGAUUAUAUUGGCAUCAGUUAUAUCAUCAACUGUGUCCAAUGUUUUGCUAGGGGAAAAAGCAGCAUUUAUUGUCCCGACGUAUGAACUAAAAUCUGCUGCUGAGUUACCACUCUACCUUAUUCUAGGCAUGCUUUGUGGGGUUGUGAGUGUGGCAUUCAGGCAGUUGGUUGUUUGGUUCACUAAGACUUUUGACUUGAUAAGGAAAAAAUUUGGUCUUCCUGCUGUAGUAUGUCCGGCUUUAGGUGGUCUUGGAGCAGGUCUAAUAGCUCUAAGGUACCCUGGAAUACUCUAUUGGGGUUUCACCAAUGUUGAUGAGAUUCUACAUACGGGUAAAAGCGCUUCAGCCCCUGGAAUCUGGCUCUUAGCUCAAUUAGCUGCUGCAAAAGUUGUAGCAACUGCACUUUGCAAAGGUUCUGGUCUUGUUGGUGGCCUUUAUGCUCCAAGCUUGAUGAUUGGUGCUGCUGUUGGUGCUGUUUUUGGAGGCUCAGCAGCACAAUUAAUAAACUCUGCCAUUCCGGGUAACACUGCUGUUGCACAUCCUCAAGCUUAUGCGCUAGUGGGAAUGGCCGCCACGCUAGCUUCAGUGUGUUCCGUCCCAUUGACAUCUGUGCUCCUGCUCUUUGAAUUGACUAAGGAUUACAGGAUUCUACUUCCUCUGAUGGGAGCUGUUGGUUUAGCAAUAUGGGUCCCAUCUGUUGUAAAUCAAUCUGGCAGCAAAGAUACGUUUGAGGCCACAUCUCCUCGACAUGGCUAUUCUUCGCUAUUACCUCCUGCAGAUAGGAACGAGACAGAUUGGAGACGACCAGAUGGGGAUGACAUUGAACUCACAAUUCUAGAUGAUGAUCCCUACCACUAUGGUAGCAACAAUGAGGAGAUGCUUCUCGAUGACUUGAAGGUAUCACAUGCAAUGUCAAAGCAUUAUGUUAAGGUCACGCCUACAUUCACCAUCAAGGAGACAACAAGGCUUAUGCAAGAGAAACAGCAAAAUUGUGUUCUUGUUGUAGAUAAUGAAGAUUUUCUUGAGGGAAUUGUGACAUUAGGUGACAUUCGUCGUAAAGGAUUUGAACCAAGUGAAAACUCUCUUACUAUUGGGGAAAAUUCAUCUGCCUUGGAUGCAAAUUCUACUCUCGUCUCAUCAUGCUUCACUCGAGGUUUUCAGUUCCAUGGCAAUGAAAGAGGACUAGUGACCUGCUUUCCAGAUACAGACCUGAGCACUGCUAAGGUGCUUAUGGAAGUUAAAGGAGUUAAGCAGCUUCCAGUGGUCAAACGUGGUGCUGGUCGUAGAAAUGAUGGGAGGCGUAAGGUCCUCGGCCUUCUUCAUUAUGAUUCAAUAGGAUGGUGCUUAAGGGAAGAGCUUGAGCGGUGGAAGGCAAUAUACCAGAGAGAGAAUUUCCAGCAGACAACAGUUAAUGGGCACUGAACAUGCAGAACUGAAGUUUUGAUUGUAGCGACGAAACUACCAGAUAUAAAAAGUAACAUUCCAACAAAAUUAGGGUUAACUUAGAAACACCUCUGUUAAAGAGUCCACUCGUCAAAGUGUAAAGUCUCUUCGAGUUUGCCAGGAUAUACAUUUUGUAUCUAACAUAUAUAAGAGGUGAUGGUGUGAUCUAUUGUUUUCAGCUUC